UGUCAGCUUCUUGACACCUACCUAUUGUACAGAUUGUCAGGCACACGCAUUGCAUUGAAACUAGGCGUGUCUCUCGGUUCCCAAGCAACUCUGCCGCGUCACGGCCUCUCCCAUGGCUGGUCCAAUGCAGGCCGUCAAUAUCAGUCAGGGAUCCACGGUGUCCCACGUGAUUUGCCGCAUUUGCCAUGAAGGUGAUCGUUUAAUUCCCCUGAUAUCCCCUUGUGCUUGCUCCGGAUCGGUGGGAACCAUCCACCAGGUCUGCCUGGAGAAAUGGCUUUCCACCGUCAAUAAGGACGAUUGCGAACUCUGCGGCCGCAAAUUUCUCGUGCACAAGAACCCGAAAUCAAUAACCCGGUGGCUACUACGGUCGCCAUUCUCAGAUGCUCAUCGCAACAUCAUUGGCGACACGAUAUGCUUUUUUAUCUUAACUCCCAUGUCCUUGAUCUCGGCCUAUUUAUGCGUUUUGGGGGCUGUCAACCAUUCGGACGUGGUGGGUGGGUGUGCCUCGGUGGUUCUUUUAAGUCUGGCCCUCUUUCUGGUUCUCGUGUAUACUGCCUGGGUUAUCGUAACCAUUAGGUUUCAAAUCAAAUGGAUCUUGACUUGGCGGAAAGAAAAUCAAACCGUCCAGUUGACUCAAGUCGAUCAAGCCGACAUUGUUUGAAUUUUUUUUAUAAAUCACAUUUCAAAUCUGGCUGGGCUAUAUCAGCAGCCCAUGACAAAUCUGAAUAUCAACUGUUUUCGAUCGGUUGUUUUCACCAAUAAAAACACAUUCACAAACAUGA